GCCUCUGCCAUCUUGAAUCUAUGUCAACAAACAGGUGAGCGAUACCUUGAGUUGAGGUCUCAGGCAGUUCUAAUCAACCAGAAAGCGCUUCACAAUAAAAUUUUUUGGCAGAACUUCAGCAUCAAAGAAGAAUGUGGCAAUAUGUGUGGGCUCAUCUUGUCUAUCAUCUUGUGCGUUUGUUUCCACGGACCAACAGGUUUAAAAUCACGCUGGUGGUGGUAAUGGUGCUUACGGUAUGUCUUCUGGUGCCACAGUUCUGGGUUCUUUUAGAAGGGCACAGCAUCAGAUGGUGCAGCCAGCCGCUGUUCCCUCUUCUUAUCACUUCUAUCAUUUUCACCUUCUUUCUUAUAGGAUUUGUCUUUCUUUUCCUGACGAUGAUGCCUGUUCCACGAGAGGUCAAAGUGGCAUUUCACAUCUUUGGCUUUGUCACCUUUUUAACAGCUCUUAUUCAAGUUGGAUAUACAUCUAAAGCUGAAGAGUGUAACAGCAGCACAGAAGCAUUGUACAAACUUUCUGUGGUGUUAACAGUUCUGGGUAUGGUGACUUUGGUGUACAUCGUUGUUCUGCUACCAUUUUGGAUCGCCAACCAUGUCAAGCUAAACUGUGUGCUAAACACAGCAGAAAGGAAAGGCUUGUGCUAUGAACCAGUCAGGUGCUGUUCCUGCUUGUGGCACAUAUAAUUCAAUUAUUUACCACACAAGAUGUUCCAGCAGCGCAGUAGUCUUGCAGUGAUAUGAAAUCCAUAAAAAAAUCAUGGAUAGUUCAAAAUAACAGGAAAGAUCUGGAAGGCUUGCGCAUGGAUGGAAAAAGUAGAUGGCAGUCAGGAUUUUUGGCAUUUUGCAUUGUAUUAAAUUGUAGGUAUAGUUAUUCUUUCAAAAUAUAAACAAGCAUAGUAUGCAAACAGGA